UCAAUUCAGACCAUAAAUCGUCAAUUUUUAACACCAAUUCUUCACAAAAUCCAAAAAAAAAUACAACAUAUUUACAGUAAAAUUGAAAAAAAAAACAAAAAUUAAUUUUGAAAAAUGCUUUCGCUACCAAAACUGUUUGUUCGCCGAUCCUGUGUACUGCGCAGCUGUCUGGCCGCAACCUCCCAUUUGCCUUACAGCAACAACUUUUUCAAAAUGAAUUUCAAGCCGCUAAUCAAUCGGGACAAACAGCGCAAAAAUGUUGCGUCAAUAAAGGAGUUGAUCCAGGACGAAGAAAAGCCACAUGAAUUAUCGCCGCAAGCGACGCCGCCAUCGAAUAAUCAGCAACAACAUCAGGAGGUCAGUGCCAGCAAGGACCGAAUGCCAUCUGUGCCAAAGCAAAAGCUUCCACCACCACCACAAAUAGAGCAGAAAAGGCGAAUGUUACCCGCCCCCCAAGUCAACCAGAAUCGUGGUUCCAAAUCAAUGGCUAGGGGAGCACCUGCUGAACGACCAAAUAUCUCCAAUCAGCGCGAUAAAUGGGUAGCUCGAGUCUCGCCUGAGAUGCAGCGCAAAUUGAAGGCGGCUGGACAGAAUCCUGUGCCACAAGUCAUGCCUUCGAAUCAGAGUCAACAUUCGGACUCUAACCCAUUGUCGGCAAAUAACCAAUUCUUUGGUGCCUCACAGACCAAUCAAGAGGGCUGGCAAAAACCGAAAAUGGAUGACGAGGAUAAGCAAAUUGAAAUCAAGGGUGCCUCCACGGAAAAAGACCGCAAGUCCUGGCUUAAUCGCAUGAAGGGUACUCAGCAGAAAAAACAAUCAGAAUGGCUCAAGGAGAUGCAAUUAAAGCAAGAAGCGGGUCGUCAGUUGCAUCAGCAGAGAGUCCAACAGCUGCAGAAGCAAACACCGCCCAUGUCGGGUACUCAACAUUCGCCACAAAUGGCCGCUGCCAACCAAACAGCUACAUCAACGCAGGCGCCCUCUGAGCCUGCACCCCCCAAGAGUCCUGAGCGUCAGGCCUACUUGGCAGCGGUGAAGGAAUUGAAUUCCUAUCAAAUGCACGAUCCGGCACCUGGCCGUGCUCAAACGAAAAUAAAGGCACAGUCCAGUCCCGUUAUACAAGAAACCAUAGCCUGCUUGGAGAAAACAGGACUAGGCGUUAAGGAUCUGGAGCGCAUACCAGUCAUCCAGGUAGCUGGAAGCAAGGGCCGUGGCUCCACCUGCGCCAUUGUAGAGUCCAUUCUGCGAGCUCAUGGCGUCAAGACAGGUGUACUCUGCUCCCCACAUAUGUUUCUUACCAGCGAGCGGAUCCGCAUUGAUGGCGAGCCGCUAUCUGAUGUCCAGUUCAGCGAGCUUUUCUGGAAGCUGAACCAUAUGUUACGAGAUGGCGCUGGACCUGGCAACAUUUCGCCUCCAGCUGCCUACAGUAAGCUGCUCACAAUAAUGGCCUUCCAUGCCUUUCAAGAGGCCAAUGUGGAAGUGGCAAUCAUAGAGGUGGGCAGCGGUGGUGCUAACGAUUGUACAAAUAUUACCGAGCAUGCACGCACUAUUGGCAUCAGUACGUUGGGCUGGGAGCAGAGCUUCGAUCUAAGUAGCUCCAUGCGGGACAUUGCCUGGAAUAAGGCGGCCAUAAUGAAGCCGAAGGCAAACAUCUUCAUCAACGUAACCCAGCCGGAAUGCUGUGAAGUGUUGACUCAGAGAGCCAAGCAAUUGGGUGCCGAUUUGCACCGUGUACCCAACUUUCAAUCAUAUAUUGAUGGUAAUAUGGCCAACAAGGCAUUGCUAACUAAAGCCCACCAUAGCAUGCGGCUCAAUGGGUCGUUGGCCAUUCAAUUGGCAUAUGAUUAUCUGCGGACCUACAAGCCGCAGUAUGUAGUCGGCUUUGAUGCAAACACCAUCCAGCUAACUCAGGCAGCCGCUCGCGGCAUCGAAACAUUCCACCAGCCAGGACAUUUUCAGUUUAUCAAGCACGAUAUGUUCCAUGUGUAUCUGGACAGUGCCGACUCGCUGGAGAGCAUGAUGGCCUGUCGCGAAUGGUUCUACACAAAAACCCGAAGCAAUCGCACCCCAAAGAUUUUACUCUUCAAUAAGGUCACAGAGUUUAAUGCCAAGGAUCUGCUUACUGUCCUCCGCCACAAUCUGCGCUUUGAAGAGGCCUGUUUUGUACCCAGUCCCAAUUACUUCGAGGGCGAAAAUUUGGAAGAGGACGAUUCCUCAUCAAUGGUCUGGCACGGCAUGGAGGAAUUACAGCGCGCCAAGCGCAAUGCCAGCAACUGGCGUGCUCUGUGCGAAGAGAGCGGUCGUAAGGACAACUCACAGUUAUCGAUAUCGAUUGGCGCCUUCUUCGAAUAUCUACAGAAUAAGUAUGGCAAGCAAAAGUACGGCAUGCGCAGCGAUCUGGACGUACUGGUGACCGGCUCCAGGAAACUUGUGGCUGCCACCAUCACCACUUUGGAUAAAAUGAAACGAGAGUCGGGCUUUUAGAAAUCCAGCUUAUAUGGCCAAUCAGAACUUAUGUCUACAGCUUGUGUUUAAGUUUUGAAUCUGAAAUUUUCUGGUGUAUUUUCGAUUCUUGUUGUGCAAUAAAAGCUCCAGUUUCAGCUGGCCACAGGGCAAGCUCAGUUCCAAAACAUC